AGCAAAAUGGCGGAUCAGACGGAACGUUCAUUCCAAAAGCAACCGACGGUGUUCUUGAACCGUAAAAAGGGCAUUGGCGUGAAGCGGAGCAGGAAACCUUUGAGGUACCAUAAGGACGUGGGCCUCGGUUUCAAAACGCCCCGCGAGAAACAGGCGACGGUCUUCCUCAACCGCAAGGGGGGCCUGAAGAAGAAGGACAUGCGGCAUCAUAAGAAUGUCGGUCUUGGCUUCAAGACGCCAAGAGAGGCGAUUGAAGGCACAUACAUUGACAAGAAGUGUCCAUUCACUGGAAAUGUAUCAAUCCGUGGUCGUAUCCUCACUGGUGUGGUCCAGAAGAUGAAGAUGCAGCGCACCAUUGUCAUCCGUAGAGACUACCUUCACUACCUGCCCAAAUAUAAUCGGUUCGAGAAAAGGCACAGGAACAUGUCUGUCCAUCUUUCCCCAUGCUUCAGAGACGUAGAGCUUGGCGACAUCGUCACGAUUGGAGAAUGCAGGCCGUUGUCCAAGACUGUACGAUUCAACGUCCUCAAGGUCUCGAAGGGCAAAGGUUCAAAGAAAUCCUUCAAAAAAUUCUAAAUAAACCUACUUCAUAAGUAUUUUAUUGUUUCAUUUGUUAAUACUAGCUGACCAGGCUUAUUUAGCCUGGCCUACAAUACCGCCUACAAUAAUUUGGAAUAAUUUAUGGACCUGAGCCUACCGUACCAACCGAAGGAACGAACAUGAAAUCUUUGGCAAGAAAGUAGAUAGAACAGUGUUUUAUAUGAAAUUGUUGUUUGUAGUAUCUUCGUAGCAAUUUUUCCAUAUUUUCUCACUGUUAUUUUUAAAGAACAGGAAGGUUUGCCCUCCCUGGAUUGUUAGCUAUUAAUGUAAUGGAACAAUACUUAAGCAUUGAAUAAAAAAGUAGGUAUCUAUUCUAUAGUCCUUAGAUUUAUAAUGUACGAUGUAUUAUUUAUGAUAUUAGUCAGGUGAGUUGGUUAAGUGAAAAUUAGAACUACUUCUUUCGCAGGUGUUUUUUCAUACCUUUUUCUUUUUAGUAUAGAAGUGAGACAGGUAUAGACUAAAAGCGAUUCCGAGGAGGUUCGAUCGAAAUAAAAAAAAAGUACCCAUGAUGCCAUGCCUCUCUAUGACCCGUAAUUUUGAAUUUUCGACAACCUUCGUAAAUGCAUUUUUUGAACAAAUGCGUUGAAAAAUAAUAAAUGGUUGAAGUUUAUUGAGCUGAAUAUUUAAACCGGUUCAGAGCUAAGUAGUUGUUUGGGUGAGGAGUAAGUCAAAUGAGCUUUGAUUCACAAUACAAAACUAUUUACAAGCAUAAUGUAAUAAGUUACUCAGAACUAGUGCACAAAAACUCCUAUUAGUUCGGUUAAAAGACUAGCGAAGUUAUUCACAGAACUAGUUGGAUGAAAAUUC